AUGGAUCGGCGAACUACUUCAAAUUGGAUGAGACCACCAAAGGAAAAUCUAGGCAGCCUCGUCCAAGCGACUUAUCACAAGAUACUGUCGUGGCAGAAGGAUCAGAUACGCCAUACACAAACGUCUGCUUCGAGACGAGCUCCAAGAUCGGCCGCUGCUCCCUACGAACAAGUCAAGCGAGAAUCAAACGAGCUACAAGAAAUAAGACACCAUGCUCAGAGUCUAGAGAACACUGUGCACAAGUUGACAAAAGAGCUCAAAAUAGCACGCGAAGAGAUAUCUAUUCUUAGAAAAGCCGUUACUGAAAACGAGGCCAUCAUCACUCAGGCCCAUGCAACUGCCAUCUCUACGCUAGCAGGCAAUGUCUCAAGAGGAAUCACAGACGACAUGAUUAGAGAAGAGCUCAAUAAGUUCUUACAGACUGAAUUUUUCUCUUGGUGUGCCGAUUUGUGUACAGAGAAGAUUCUUGAUGAACAGGCGGCGCUGCAUAAACUCCUCCAAGAUGGUAUCAUUAACAAACGCGAGAGCUAUUUGAAAAGCCCGGAAUAUCUCAAAUUUACCUUGAAUACGCCUGACGGGAACGGCCCCUUCGUGUUACUUCAAGCGGUCUUGAUCCACAGACUGUGUCAUUUCUAUUUGUGCGAUGCAUACUUUUUGGCAAAAGAAUUACACAGUAAUACCAAUAACCGCUCCAACCUGUGUCAGCUUGAGCGAAUCUUUGGUCAAACAAUCAACUGGAGGAUUCAGACUGUUGAAUGCCUUGAAAAGUCGGUGCCAAUAGUGAAUGAGAAUUUGCAAAGAGAAGUUCAAAUGUUUGUGGAGGACUACAAGUUCUUACUUUCUGAGGUAUAUGACCAUGAGGCCCACCAGGAUCUGGUACAGAUAUUUGCCGACUUUGCUAAGUUAGCACUCAAAAUGUGGAAAACGCAGACCAACAUCAAGUGGUAUGACUUGAAUAGCUUUGAGGAACCACACUUUCAACCUGGCAAUCCGUGGAUAGAAGUCGAUCACUCGUUGAUGUCACGGAUGGGUCGGCAUUUAAACGGCCGUCCAAUUGGACUUCUUAUUCAUCCAAUGAUAACGUCCCAAUCGCCGUCAAAGAGCGAUAAAAUGGAAGAGGUGGUAUGGCUCAAAGCCCUUGCUUGGGUAUCUGAUAAAGAUGAGCCAACGAACGAGGAGUUAGUUGGACAGGCUGACUCUCACAGAGUAUAG